AACAAAAAAAAUGGAUGAAGGAACUGUGUACAAUUUUGGUGUAGCCCAACAUUUUGAAAUAAUGAAACUAUCUCCUGUCUAUAAAGGGGUGAAGAAGAAGGGUUUGUCCGGCGUUGCCAUUAAUCCAUUAUUACAAAGAUUUGCGGAGGCCAUUCAGCUUCUCUAUGCUAUGAAAAUAAAUGUCUCGCGUGGGGUUCAAAGCUUUUGUUCUCAGCCUUCAGUCCUCUGGCAGGAGGGUGUCCCUUUAUCCGAAAGGAAACGGCACAGAUCAUUUGUCAGUGUACCUGGAACUGGUGGUGCUUGAUUCAUCUUGGGUACGAACAAAGUUCAGUAUAUCUCUUGUUAAUCAGAUAGACUGCAAGGAAACCAUCACGAGAGCGUCCAGACACACUUUCAGUUCUGGUGAAAGUGAAUGGGGCUGGGCUGAAUUUGUCCCACUUAGUGCAUUUCAUGAUGAAAUCGGAGGUUAUCUUGUUGAAGACACAUGUGUGCUUGAAGCUGAAAUAAGUGAAAUUUAUGUUUCUCCAGUUUCCUCAGAUGAAGUUUGUGCUGCAACUUCUGUGAAAGAAAUCUUUGACAAACUUAUAUCAUUUCCAUUGGAUGAUAUAGCUGACCCCAAGUAUGAAACUGCAAUGAUGGAUUGUCUGUCUAUGCUGACCGACCGCCCUGAUUUGUUUAGUGAUUUGCAAUUCAAAGAGAUUGUGAAGCUGAAAGCCACAUUUCCUCAAACAGUGCAAGAAUGGAGAGGCUCAGUCCAAGUCAAGGACACUAGUGCGCAUCCCUGGUCUACUCAUGAGAAGACCAAGAGUUUGAUCCGAGACUUGGUGAAAACCGAAGAGGGAAUAAGGAAAAGGCUGAAGGAUCUAAAUAACAAAGAAAAGGAAUUGGAAGCUCAACUUGAGGCGAUCAAGAGAAAUAGUCGAAUACUCGAGGAGGAAAGAGAGGAAGUAUCGAAGGAGACCAUGAUACUUUGUUCUCUUGCUAAGGAGCAGUCUAGCAGAGUUCAAGCAAAAGAGGCGGAGGUAGAACGCGCCAACAAAACACUCGAGUAUAGAUUGAAAUCAAAGUGGGUUGCAACCAGACAUCUCUUUUCUUGAGAAAAAAUGGGAUGGUUUUUAUUCACUCCACAUGUAGGGCUUUGUCUAAUUUGAAGUUUGUUUAGGAUGUGGUUUUUUUUUGUUGGACACAAACUUUUGGGAGCUAAUACUACUCACAUUUUGGUCCCUAUAAAUACUAUAAAUACUUUAUGAGUCU